AAACGAUAAUUGGUUGGUUAGUUAGUACACCACAUUCUUCGUUGGAGUUAGAGGUGGGAUCAUGAAGAGCCCCCUACUUGGAGGUGUCCUCUUCGUUUUUGUCUUGGUGGCUUUUGUUGCAAACCAAGGCCACGCCAAAACUACUAACAUUCUCAAGGAAUGCUCAGACAAUGCAUUGAAGUUUGGAUCAUUCCAAGAUUGCUUCCAGCAUUUUCUGUUGCCAGAGAACCAACAUCAGUUGUCAAAGUAUCAGGACAAGGAUGCACCCAAGGGUCUCGAAGGUUAUUCUUUGAAGAGGAUCAGAGAUAUGAUGAGCACAAUUGACAGCUCAGAGUUGAUCUGGACUAGUUCUGAGAGUGAUGAGAUCUUUGAUAUACCACGUGUGUUAAAAUCUGAACACAGGAACAAGCGAUCUCCGAAGAAAGGCAAAAAGUCCAAAGAGAAGAGAUCCAAAGAAAAGAGAUCCAAAGAAAAGAGGAGGAAGUCGAAGAAGUCUAAGGAGAAGAAACGUAAAUCCAAAGAGAAAUCCAAAGAAAGGUCCUCGGAAGAAGAAGAGACCAGUACCACUUCUACAACUACAACAACGACAACAACAACAACUACUACUGCUACGACGACGACGACAGCCACAACAACAACAACAACUACAACAACUACCACUACACCUACUACCACAACCACAAUCACAUCUACCACUACUUCUGGUGAGUUUCCGGAAGAGACCACCAAGUCCAAUAAUCCAGACGACGAAUUUGAACUCACUGGCGGACCAAGACGAAAUGUUCCUGCGGGGGAAAAGUAGUGUCUCCCUUUGGCUGAUUAGAAAUACACUUACCGCAAUGAUCAUGCAGAACAUUUUUUGUAACUCUUCACAGUUUUUAAGCAAAAAAAAAACAAUCAACCAAAAUUGCUCCAUGUAUUGUAUUCUCUUCAAAUGCCAAGUUGAAGAUGCUCUUUGGCUUGAAAAGACUCAUUGAGACUUAUACUUAUUAAAACAUUUCCAAUUUA